AUGACGAUGGUCAGGAGCACGUCCGCCGACAGUGCCUGUGCUCCGAUUAAAAAAGGAUUGGUGUUGGGUGUGUACAGAGGCUGUAACCCAGGAGAAGUGCGCAUGUCUGACGAGGCACAGAAAUUCGACCUAUCCGUGUCUGGGCACGCCAAAGACUUUCUGUUAACGUCCAACAUUGCUCGGCAGGGCGCAGUGGUGGCGCACAACCUGCACCCUGAGUUCUUCGCCGUGGCGUUCGCCGACAUCGGGCCGUUGGACGCCGAAUACAACAAGCUGGAGAACCUCGAGGAGUGUCUGGAAUGGACGAGGACCGGAGCGGGUAUCGGAGCCCGGGCACUGCAGGCGUACGGCGUCGACGAGAUUUACGUAGAAAACAUGUCCAACGACCUAGCGGCCGCCGAGGGAGCCGUGCUAGGCGCAUGGGACUUUGAAGGGUACAAGGUGGCCGAGCAACGCACUAAGAGUCAAGUGAUGCCGUACCAAGUCAAGAAUCCAGAACUGUGGAAGAACGGUACAAUUACGGGCGAGGCACAAAACUUGGCCCGGCACAUCUCGCACCUGCCGCCCAACAUUGGCACGCCCGAUGGCAUAUCGGAUUACGCGCGCGACGUUCUUUGUAAAUGCGGUAUUAACGUGACCAUCCGUGACGUCGAAUGGAUCGAAGAAAAGAAGCUCAACUCUUUGUUAGCCGUAGCCAUGGGAUCACGUCGCACUCCGAUGAUGCUUGAGCUAUCGUACUGCGGUGGGUUGCCCGACGAAAAACCCGCAGUGCUCAUUGGCGACGGAUGUACUUUUGACAGUUGGGGACUUUGCCUACGGAAUAAUCCUCAUGUAGAUUGGGGCAUGUACUGCAAAUCUGGCGCCGCGUCUGUGAUUGGCACGAUGAAAGCCAUAGCGCAGCUCUCACUACCAUUGAACGUGAAUGCUCUGGUGCCGCUGUACGAAAACAAGCCAGGUGCUAUGGCAAUGAAGCCAGGGUCGGUCAUCAAGACUUACGAUGGCAGCACUACCGAGGUGCACCGUACCAACGUGGCGUCUAGGCUGGUGCUCAGCGACAUGGUCGGCUACAGUACUACGCUCACACCGAACAUGAUCAUCAACGUUUCGGCGUUGUCCAUCGACACGCAUAAGUACAUCGACGGAGGCGCCAUAUUCGGGUUUACCAUGGACGACGUACUGUACAACGAACUGGAGAGCGCGUCCGCUUCUACCGGUGACAGGGUCAUUCGCGGUCCGCUGUGGAAUUUUUACAAGGCCAAAACGCUGUGGCCCUCACUGGCCGACACCCGAGCGUCGCCCAAUCAGUUUAUAGGAGAUUCUAUGUCCGCUGCCAUGUAUCUCGAGAGAUACAAGCCCAAGGGAUCGGCCAUGAUUACGUUGGACAUUGGAGGAUCGUCAUUUCUCAGAAGCCCCAAACCGGAACACUACCUUAGACCAGAAAGAAUGACUGGUAGUCCGGUGCGUACCAUCGUUCAAUUUUUGAAACAAACCGCCUGCCCCAACGACAAGAGACCAUCGUGUUGA